AUGUUGGCGAAAGUUGGGGAGAAGCCCCCUACGAUGGGUGCCUCGCGCGUGUGGAAGAAGAAGAUACUACGUUUUACUGUCGUUCUCGGCUUGGUGGGCGCUUUUGCGUAUUUCCUCUGGCCUCAGAUUGAACCCCAGGAGCUUGCUGCCGAGCCUAUCUCCAAUAUCACAAUCACGUCAGAUGUGCAAUGCGAGCCGGACUUCGACGCUCUUCGCCGUCUCGAUAUCCAUAAAUUGUCAGGAUAUACACGUCGCGAGGUGAUCGCCGUUCCAUCCUCCAACAAUGCCUUGCCCGUCAGGCAAAAUCUACAGACGCCCUUGUUCGAGCGGCAAUCGUCGAAUGACGCUGAUCGCCUCUCGCUCCAGAAAUCGCAGGACGAUUGCAUGAUCCCAGAGCCUGUGACUGUCCAGGUUCUCCAGCCUCCAAGAAACGUGGAUGCAUCACAUAUCGACUUCGGUGUUGCGACAACCCUGGGACGGCUGAAUGAGUCUUUAGAUGCGUUCUCUCACUGGGCUGGCUACACCAAAACUCGCAUCUUCGCUCUCAUUGAGCCUGAUAUGGAUAAGCGGACACAUGAGGUCCAGGCUAAGGCGGACUCUCUCGGGAUUAAUUUGUAUAUUACGGAAAACGACGAAGAGUACCAACGCCGGUACUUCACUUUGGUUUCGCACUUGGGUAAGCACAUGCGGCCGCAGACGCGAUGGUCCUGCGUCAUUGACGAUGAUACCUUUUUCCUGUCCAUGUCUGAACUGGUGAAGGCUCUUGAGGAAUAUGAUGAUACCCAGCCUACAUAUGUCGGCGGUCUCUCGGAGUCUAUCCCACAGAUCGGUGUGUUCGGUUUGAUGGGUUUUGGAGGCGCAGGCGUCUUCCUAUCCCGGCCCCUCGUGGAGGAAAUCAGCAAGCCCGAGGUCUUUGAAGCCUGUCUGAAUACGGACCACACCGGCGACCGGAGGAUAUCGUUGUGCAUUUACCAGCACACCUACACGCACCUGACCAUCAACCACCGUCUGCACCAGCUUGAUGUUCAGGGCGACGUUUCCGGAUUUUUCGAGUCCGGACGGCAACCCCCUCUGUCGGUACACCAUUGGAAGUCGUGGUUCCAUAUGGAUAUGGCGAAACUCAGUGUCGUCAGCGAGCUCUGUGGCGAUAGUUGUCUUUUGCGGCAAUGGAAGUUCGCCGACGGGUGGAUCUUGACAAAUGGCUUCUCGGUCAUGAAGUACAGCCAGGAGCUUGAUCCGAACGACAAGACCAUGGAACUCACAUGGGAAGGCCAAAACGGAGCCGUGCACGAGUCGUUCCUGCACGAGUUUGGUCCGUUGCGUGGAAAGGACUGGGAUAAGUUCAGCUAUGUGCUGGAAGACUCGGUGCUCGACGGCAACAACGUACGGCAAUGGUACGUCCAUCGCGAUCCUGAGCAGGGCGACCAAAUUUUAGAAUUGAUCUGGCGAGCUCAAUAG